CAACAGAGGAACGUUUCCCAAUAUGAGCUGAGGUCAAAUCUGGAGCUGAUCACUUUUUGUAUAAACCACUACAACAUCUGUUUCCAAUUCUGUUUUUGCAGGGAAACUAUAGUGUUUCAACUACAACACUGACUCAUCUUUUAAGCAAACAGUACAAGUCAUCAGUCAACAUUUUUUCACAUACUGGUGUCACCAAAGGUCCACCUACACAUUUAUAUCUCCUAAUCUGUUUGUAAUUGAAAAUGCGGGAGAGCAAGAACAAGAUAAACAUGUAGAAAGCAGAAUAACAUCCUAAACAGAGCAUGCUUUAAAUCCAGCUGUUAUAUACUUUUUUAAACUCCCACAUUCACUUUAAAAACUUCUGAGCUACUCAGUAGAGACAAGAGCAAUGAGAUGUGUGUAAAACAAGUUUACAAGUAUAUAAAAAUUUCAAGUGACCAGCCAAGAGAAAUAAACCGCUUCCUCAUUGACCCGGCACACAUGCAUGUAUGUUCUCAGACAGUGUGUCCAGCACCUCAUGAGCUUAUGAGCCUGUGAACUGACAACCUCAUUGUUUCAGGCCAAGCUUGGCGACCUUUCCAUGGGGCAGUGCGCUGGAGGUGGGUGGGGGCUUCAUUUCCGAGGAUUGUUGGAGGUCUUUGAAACCAUUAAAGAGAGGGAGGGUAAAGGGGAAGUGAGAGGUGGGGGAACAUGUGGAACGGAGGGGAGUGGACUGAGAAGAGGAGGGAAAGAGGAUAAUUUUCGAGGUGGGGGGCGGAGAGUUUUCAUACGCCACAACAGAGCCUUAAAACAACUUGUUCUUCAGUGUUGGCCUUGUACUUUGCAGCGCUUCAAGGGCACGUAGACGUGACAAUGCUUAGGUUGGCAGUGCUUCUCCAGGGGUUGCUUUUUGCGGCUCGCUGUGAGGUCAGAGCCAGAGACCCAGAGGUGGAGGAAGAAGACUUGAGGGACACAUCGGAUGAUGCAGGAUUGAGGCAUGAAGUCCCACUGGCAGGAUUUGGGGCACCUCAUCAUGGAGAAGGAUUAAGUGGGAAGAGCCCAGAUGUCUAUGGAGCUAUCCACCAUCCUGUGGGUCAUGGACACCAUGGGCAGCAUCCAUCUGUGGGCGUGGAUCCAACAACUGAAACUGUGAGCCAUGGAUCUUUUCAACGCACCGGGAAUUGGUGUGUGUUUGUCCAAAAGCGUGCUUAUAGUGUGGCAGUUUCCUGUGGAACGGAGAAGUACACUAUCCAGUCCCAGAGUCCCUGUCCUAAUGGCACUCCGGACUGCCAGAUAGUCAUGUACAAGCUCUCUACUCGGCCAGUCUACAGACAAAUGCAGAAAAUCUAUACUGCACUGCAAUGGCGAUGCUGUCCUGGACAUGCUGGGACGAACUGUGAGGAGACAGACGGUCAUGUUUCUGACUCCAAAGACUCCACCAUAACAAGCAGUACACAUCCAGGAGGACAUGAAGCUAUUAUCGAAGGACAUGAACUGACUCAGCAGAUAGAGAAGCAAAACAGGGAGCAAAAUGACUCCCAAAUGUUUGGCGGUCCGUUGUAUGAAGCUCAACAACCAGAUGUGGAGAAUCAAACUGUGGGGGAGUCCAGCGACGACACUGACCACAGCUCUCAUGCUGACCAUGAACACCACAGUCGGGACUUUGAGAGGAGAGAUCCUUAUGCUGUAAAUGAAGGCUUUGGCCAUCCUGAUACACCUUACCUUCACCAUGGACUUCUGCCAAUCCUGAAAGAAGCCGUGUUGGCUCAGCUGCAACCUGUCUUGGAUAAUUUCAAUCUAACCAUGGAGCACCUCUUUCAGGAGGUGAGAGGCUUAAAGCAGGACAUGGCUCGACUCAAGGACCACAGUCAAGGACAGGGGAGGGUCAAUGAACCAAUGGAGUUUGAUGGUGAGGCGUACAAUCAACGGGAGACCGUUGAGAUGGAGUUGACUGAGAGCUUACAAAAGCUGGAGGAGGUGAAAGCUCACUUUCACAACCACCGCAAUGAGGUAGCAGAGAAACUCCAUGCACAACACAGCACUUUGGUCUACAACCUGACCAAUUUCAAGACCGAAAUGGACCUCAAAAUCAAGCGUACCCACAAGAUGUUACAGGUGAAUCUACACGCCCUGAACUCAUCAAUGUCUGAAAUCCGGCAGGAGCAAGAACGGCUGGAUGAGGAACUUCAAAGGGUCUGGCCUGAAAAGACGACUACACAAAGUCAGCCUCACGAGAGCCCAGCCGUCUGGGAAGCCAUCACCCGUCUGGACAACAAAGUUAUCAGUAACACAGUAAGACUCAGUGCCUUGACUGAAGGCCAAGAACAAGACACAAACAACAUCAAAGACCUCCAAAAUGGAUGGAGGCUUCUGGAAGAGACAAUAGCCCAAACCGGCAGAGACUAUCAGAUUAGGUAUAUGGAGACUGGUUUGGAGGUGGAUGCUGCCAAAGUAACAGUGUUGGACCAAAUGAAAGAGCUUAGCAACAAUAUCAGCGUUGUCCAAGAUGCUCUGCAGGAAAUGGAGGUAGAUGUUGACUAUCUCUUCACACGGCACUACAAGAACAUAAGCGCUGGGGACUGCAACUGUUUGGAUCUGGGAACAUCUGUGGCACAACUGCAAAAAGCCGUAGCUGAUGUGAUGGAGAUAGCGAAUGAGAACAGGCUGGCCCGGCUUGGUGACUCAGAGGAAAGGUUGGACAAUCUGGAAAAUGCCUGGGUAUCAUCUGUGGAAGAUUUAAAACUAGGACUUCUCAAUGUGCAGAAGUCAUUGGCGUUCGAACAGGAGAAGAGUAGGAUGUUACAGCACAAUAUAACCCAGCUUCAGGUCUCCCUCCUGGGCGGCCAGCAGGACAUCGAAGCACUCCAGGAACAGGACAGAGAUAAGGAUGAGAAGAUACAGCAGCUAGCAAGCACUUUCAACACAUUGCUGCAGGAUGCCAUUCGUCACUCGGACAUACUGGAAGUCUUGCUUGGAGAAGAGGUGCCGGUGUUUAUGGAAUGGUCUGAUCAGGAGAAAAAGCAAUGCUCUAUACCGACAUUAAGGGAAAGCAUCAAGGACAUGCAGGAGAUGAUCAAUGCACACAGCGUUAGCUUGGCAUCACUUUUGAACUCGGCUGCCCCUCAGGUGACUCCAGCAGAUGAACCCUCAGUGCUCGCAGACUGGGACUCCAAAGUGAGACAUGGGGAUCAAAGAUUCGAUCUAUCUGAAGAACAGACAGAUUACUCUGACAGUGAUUUUGGGAUUUUAGAGGAAACCGUAAAAGAACUAGGGGCUCGCAUCCGACAUCUUGAGAAUCACCGCUGUCCUUCCUGCUGCAACUGCACUAAAACUGCUAUGUCUACUGGUAUGGAGGUCAGACUGGAGGAAGAGGUAGCUACCUUGCGUAAAAACCUUAAGGUUCAUCUUGAAGUUUUUGAAAGCAUUUUUAGUAACAAAGAAGGACUUGUUGCCUCAGAGGCUUCUAUCGAUUUGGAUAGAUUAUCAGCCCUAAUGAAGAAAUAUGAAGCAAAGCAGCAAAAAAAGAAAACAAAGAGACCGAAAAGAGGAGUUCGGGCUGGUUUACGCCGCAGGAGGGAUGCAUCACUGGAAUCAGGAGUGCUUCAUCAACUUCCCGACACUCCGUUCAUGUUUCUGGCCAGCAGCCCAAAUGGUGCUAAUGGAUCUGGCACCGUUCUUUUUGAACGUGUGGAUCUAAAUCACCGACAAAUAUACUCACCCAAAACAGGCACGUUUCGUGCGCCUACCUCGGGUGUUUACCUCUUUGUGGUGACACUGGACUUUGGACCGGGCCCUUCCUUGGCUCAGUUAAAAAGGGGUGGAGAUGUUGCUGCCUCCUUGCGCCAAACCCAGAGGAAGCUGGGUGCACCUGCCACACGCGUCUGUAUCCUGCAGUUGGAACAAGGAGAGGAGCUUCGUCUGGAACUGGUGCAGGGAAAUAUAGAGCGCAGCAACCCACAAGACAACACUUUUGCUGGUCUACUAAUGCUACAGACCACCUGAAGACAUGCUAGGGUGCAAAAAAACUGUUAAAGACACCAAAAAAUUCAAACCACCAGAUUUUUCUUUCAGGAUGUGAGAGGCUAAAAACAGGUUGUUUGUAAGAACUGGUGACACAUUAUUGUGAGACUGCACUGCUGAUUUGGCCUUGCUUUACUGACACUAAAAGAAAAGUCAGUAUUAUACAAACAAAAGCAGGUUCCCUAUAAGUUCCCUAUAAGGUUACAUAAGCAGUCAAGUUUUCAAAAACUUAAAAAUUAUUUUCAACUUACAUGUUUAAGUGAAAAAUACUUUGUGGAAAUUUUAAUUGAAAGAAAAAGUGUUUAGGUGUUACCACUUGAAGUAAUUCUUUUUACUUUUUGUAGUUAAUAGUACAAAUCAGCCAAAAAAAGAAAAAGAAAACUUACACAAAUUGACACAGAAACAGCUUUGUGUACUAAAAUUAUAUAUAUAUAUAUUAAAAAUUAUUACACAGACAAAUAUUAUACAGAGUAUGAAGCUUUCCCAUGAUGCACCAACAACAUUGGACUGUUUAGAACAGAAAACCUUCGAAUUACAAGUUAGGAGUUAUUUUUAAUAUACAGAAAAGGGACAGAUUCUGUUAAUAGUACACUGUAAAAAUGAUGUGUUAAUUUUUUACACAUUGUGUGUGUCAUGCCAUUUAAGGCAUUAUUUCAUGUUAAAAUAAAUGAAAGGGACAACACAAGUUGUGUUAAAAACAGUGAUGGGAGUAACGCGUUACAAAGUAAUUUCGUUACUGUAAUUCCACUACUUUUAGCGGUAAUGAGCAUGUAACAAAGUAUUUUUUUAAAAUACAAUUACUGAAAUGUAAAUGAGUUUGCCACUCGCGUUACUCUAUUUUGUGAAAAAUGAACACUUGCAGACAAGACAUUUCUGAUCUAACGUCGCAGGACCGUGGUGGGCGGCACAAUGAAUAAUAACACAGAAGGUGUGUUAGUUUAGGGACCACACUCAUUACCGCUAAAAGUAGUGGAAUUACAGUAACAGAAUUACUUUGUAACGCGUUACUCCCAUCACUAUUUUUAACACAACUUGUGUUGUCCCUUUCAUUUAUUUUAACAUGAAAUAACGCGUUAAAUGGCAUGACAAACACAAUGCGUAAAAAAUUAACAAAUCAUUUUUUACAGUGUAAAGCACAUUGAAAUAUAUACAGGUAUAUUUACAAAACAGCAAAAAUUGUGUCAAAUCAACAAUUACGGUCUCAUUUUUUCAACAAAACACGUUUAUGAAUUGUUACGGUGCAUUCUGUUUUAUGAUUAUAUAUAUAUGAACAGUUGGCGUGGGCUAGAGGCAAAAUAAACAAAUAAUUCAGGUUGUAGGAAUUUUGCAGAACAAAAAUAAUGAGUUAACACAUUCUGAAUAGUCCUCGCUAAAAUAAUAUCUCUUUUAAUGCAAAGUCCAGAUUUCUUGUACCAAUGUAUACAAAUGUAUUUAGAUAUAAACUUUAUUUUUGCUUUAUUGUAUUGUACUUUACACUGAAGUUAAUGUCUUUUACCAUGUUAAGGUUUUAUUUCUUAGAUCUAUUUUAUUUAUUUUUAAUGAGAUUAAUUAAGAAUCUUUCUAAAAUUGUUGUCUGAUUUAUUCAAGCUUGUACUUCAUCUGUGCUGGUAGUAUUUGAUAAAGCACCUUAGUCUGGCACUGAUAUUAUCAUAACUUUUUAUCCCACUUAUAAAAUUUCUGUCUUUAAGGGUCCAGAAAGUGAUGUACAAAACUUAACCUGUGUUCGUUUUUUGUAUCGCUAAAAAUCAUGUUGGUUAUUUUAGUGGCACUGAGAAAAAUAAACCUUGAAUUAAAAAAUAAA